AUGGAUUAUGUAUACAAUUUUUUAAGAUUAAAACAAAAGGCCCACGAUGGUAGGAAGUGCACUAUGGUACCUGAAAGAGCUUUAUUUGAAAAGGAGAAAGUCAUUUAUGAGUCAGCACAUCUAAAAUUCAAAGGUGUAGAUGGCUACGAUGUCUACAAUUGCUCUGUACCUUUUAAAAUAGAUGGUAAAUUCCAUAUUCUAGGUCGAGUUGAGCGAAGGCCCGAAUGGGUGAAUUCUCACGUUCGUCUUUUCGCCAAAACCGGGAAUGAUGAAUAUACUUUGGUUCCUGGAUCGAUGAUUUGGCAACUAGAAGACCCGUUUGUUUCAAAAAUUCAGGGAGAAAUGGUGAUUGGCGGAACAAGGAUAAAAAAGGAUAAAGGGACAGUGAGCGACUAUGGCACAGACUUUUACCGAGGAUCACCAAACGACCUUGUUUACUUUACGUCCGGUCCAGAGAAAAUGAAGGACGUUCGCCUUGUUGAACUACAAGAUGGAAGAAUUGGAAUAUUUUCCCACCAUAAAUUCAAGAAGAAAUGUCUCACAGGCUUUGCAAUUAUUGAUAAGUUGGACGAUUUGAGCGCCGAUGCCAUUGACUCUGCAUCGCCUAUCGACCAUUCUGCUUUUGGAGAUGCAUGGGGAGGGGUGAAUCAGGCCUAUCUGUUGACCAGUGGGAAAAUCGGAUGCAUUUCUCACCAUGGCUACCUCGCAGACGGUGAAAACGGCACCUUGAUUAAUGUUUAUUGUGCCACUUCAUUUGUUUAUGAGGUCUCUACAAAUAAGGUUUACAGUUACAAAAUUAUCGGAACAAAGCCAUGCUUUCCUGAUUGCCCCGUGAAGGCGCCCCGCCUAGUUGAUUGUGCUUUUGUUUCCGGUAUAGUAAUGCGAGAUGACGGAAAAUGUGACCUCUACAGUGGGCUAGGGGAUACUUGCGAGGGACGCAUCGUUAUUGAUUAUCCCUUCGAAGGGCACGGCGAUAUUGUAGAUUCACUUGUUUUUUAA